AGAGGAAGAAUACAGAUGUAACGCUAGCAAUGAUUCAAGCCAAACUCCUCUCUCUCAAGCCAAGGCCAAGGCCAAGCCCAAGGCCCAAGCGUUCUCUAAACGCAGACUCUACAACCUUACAGUCUUGCACAGUAACACGACGAAACGUUCAGAAUCAGCUUCCGCUUCCACUUCCAGAUUAGGGUUUUCAGAAGUUUUUGUGGUGGAUUCAGCACUACUGAUACGGUGAAUAAACAGGAGCUCAAUGUGGAGAUGCAAGUUUUAAUCAAUAAUGGAUUGCAAAUCAGAUAAAAUUAUGCAUGCAGAUAAUAAUCAGAGCAUUGCUGGGGAGGAUAUAUUAGCUAACGAAGACUUAAAAAAAAGUUCUACAAGAGACUCGAGUGAUGGUGUCCAGGCACAGACCAAGAUAGCUGGUAGCGAAGGUGAAGAGAAUCAUCUAAAGGGUACGUCUCUUGAAGAAACUGAUGUAUCUGGUGAGGUUAACAUGGAGGCAUUCAUAACUACUGAUGAUGUUAUCCGGGCAGGAGGAUUUGGUGCUCGGGAUGAUAUCAGCAGCUUUCUUCCUGUUGCAAUUGAUUCAACUGAUUUUGAAGCUUCAAUCCGUGAUGCAAGAGAUUAUGAAGAACCAGAACCACAAGGUGAAGUAAGCCGACCAGGCCUCGGCUGGACCGGAGCUACAAAAGGGGAGUAAAUAGUUAUUAUGAUAGCUAUGUCCUCAGGUUUUUGCUGUUGCUUUUCUUUGUGUCUUAGUGUUGGACAGGUUUUGGCUAGUCCUUAUGAAGUAUGAUGUUAGAUUCUGUUCUUUUUGUUUUUUGGGAUGAAUAUAAGAACUUGUUCCCUGGAUUCUUGCUGCGGUGGUCAAAGUUAAAUUUGGAAAUAAGUAUCAAUCUUUCACCUGUUUGAAAGAAGGAAAGUAAACGUGGAAAGGCGGAGCUAUUGUUGUUUGAAAAGGGAAGUCUAGGAAACAUAGAUAAUAGUUUAUAUCCGGUAAAGUAUUCUUCAUAUCUCAUAACAUCAAAUUUCAUUUAAUUUUGUUUCUAA